CGUUCGCCUGACCGAAUCACUCCUGCCUCGUUCGCUUGACACGCGACCAGCAGGUGAACCGAUCAGGUCAGCUGUCAAAAGAGCUGCAGCGUUGACUUGUACCAUUUUCAUUGUUUUAUUCGCAAUGUGUGCGGUGGUGUGAUGAGUGAAACAUCGUCGUUGACGCAGCAAAACAACCGCGAAAGUAGAAAAUAAAACUGACAGCAUGUGUCAGUCAGCAUACGUGGUAUAGAUGAGGUGCGAUAUUGAUAACCUAAAUACAAACCCAAACUCAAACCCGGUCCCAAAUCCCUCGACAUCAAUCUUCUAGCGAAUUUUGUAUCGCACAGAAAAAAGUGACGACAUGACCGACGAUGUUGCAUGAUGUGCGCGUCGGUGGAGGUACAAAUGCAAUCAACCAUCGAUCCACCUCAACUUUUUCAAACGAAGACGCUGCUGUCGGCGAGACAACUUUCAAGAAGAAGAAGAAGAAGAAGAAGAAUCGAAGAGAGAAAAUGAAGUCUAUACGGGAUUGGCGCCAGGCUCUACGCACUCCCCACGUUUACAGAGUUGGAAACAGCACCUUUCGGGUGCAGAGCCAAUUCCUGCUAGUCGUCGCCGCUGUACUGACGGUCCUGGUGAUAUUCUAUACCUUUCCAAAUCUUACCAGUACUCUCAAGUACAGUUUUGCGCACUCUCGUGCCCCUGCUUCCGCCUGCCACUACUACAAGUACAACAAUACCUACCCGCUCACCAAGUCGGUCAGAACAAAGGUUGGCUUCUCAUUCAGGAUAGCCAUAAUUAGCGAUCUUGAUCAGGAAUCAAGGAACCUCGAGAGCAAGGAUUCUUGGUACAGUAUCAUGAAACGCGGCAGUUUGCUUUGGGUUCCGGAGAGAAAUUUUAUCUCGGUUACGUGGGACGAUAAAGACAUCAUCCUCCAGUCUUCCUUAGCCAUGAAAGGUAGAGGCAUGGAACUCUCUGAGCUCGUCACCUUCGACGGAAGACUUCUUACCAUGGACGACAGAACGGGCAUGAUAUAUUCCAUUGAGGGAGACCAGGUGUAUCCGUGGGUUAUUUUGAUGGAUGGAAAUGGAAAGAAUCCCAAGGGGUUCAAGUCUGAGUGGGCGACCGUCAAGGACGAACAGCUUUACGUUGGCAGUAUGGGCAAAGAGUGGACGACAAGCGCAGGCGAAUUUGUUAACAACAAUCCUCAGUGGGUGAAAACCAUCUCUGUACUCGGAGAAACACAUUCGCUGAAUUGGGUUUCAAAUUACAAACGAAUGAGGCAGUCACUCAACAUAGAAUUUCCCGGUUACAUGAUACACGAGUCAGGCGUGUGGAGCGACGUUCAUAAAAGUUGGUUUUUCCUACCCAGAAGAUGUUCGGAGGAACAGUACAACGAAACCAAAGACGAAAGCAUGGGGUGUAACGUGCUGCUGACGGCGGAUGAAAACUUUUUAAACAUCAAGGUAACCAGAGUUGGAACUCUGAUACCGAUACGAGGAUUCGCUAGUUUUAAAUUCUUGCCCGGUUCCAAGGACGAGAUAAUCGUCGCCCUGAAAACCGAAGAGAAUCAGGGCCGCAUGGCUACUUAUAUUACUGCUUUUACAAUCGACGGAUUAUCGAUACUGUCCGAAACCAAGGUUUCUGAUAAAAAGUUCGAGGGUAUCGAAUUUGUAUGAUAUAUCAACGACAACGGGCGUGACGGUUAUAUAAAAAAUCUCCACGAGGUACUAAUAAUGUAAUCUCGCGGCUACAGACUUGAAAUGAAUAAUUCGAUCACAGUUCCUGCAGCUCGUUUAAAAUUGUGUAUUAUAUUUUUAUUUAUAUAUGCGUGUACAUAUUAUCGAGAGAAGAGGCAUAAGGAAAGGGUGAAACAAAAAAAGAAAAAAAUUAUAUGUGUUAAUAGAAAAUUUGUUAUAAUCACAUGUUUAUUUCUAUGUAUAGUAAUAAUUAUAAUAAGUAUUAUUAUUAUUAUUAUUAUCAUUAUUAUUAUUACAAUCACUUAUUAAUUCUGCUUAUAUUGAGAAAAAAAUCGAUCCACACAACCGAUCGCUUUUUCCUUUUUCAUCCAUCAUUCCGUUUGAUUCAUUUUGUUGUAUUUAUUUUUCUCUUAUCCUCGAUGACGAAUGAAAGAAAGAGUUUGAAAUGAAAAAGGAAACGAGAAGAGGGAGGGGGGGAAAAUUUAUGUUGCGUCGGCGAACUUUCUCCGAUAAAUGAGUAGAUCAAAUAAAAGAAGAUAUUAUUUUUCCCUGAUA